AUGUCUGGUAUCCUUUCAAUGGCAAUUGCAGCCAUCGCAGGCCGUGAUGAAAUGUUCGAUAGGGAGCUUUGUACCUUUGACAUAUGUGACAUCUCCAUAUCCUGGUAUAAAUACCGACCAUCUCUGCCAGCGAAUGCGGCAUUUGCUGCUCUGUUCUUUAUAUCUGCCGUCAUCUUCCUUAUACAGGGAGUGGUAACGAGACGGUUCAUUGGCUUCACCAUCGCCAUGGUGUUAGGGACCAUAGGCGAAACGAUUGGAUAUGUCGGCAGAAUAUUGAUGUGGAAUAAUCCAUGGAAACAGAUUCCAUUUAUGAUCCAAAUAUGCUGCCUUACACUCGCACCCGCAUUCCUAGCAGCGGGUAUAUACCUUACCUUGUCCCGAAUCGUGACGGUUUUUGGCGCAGAGAACUCCCGUAUACGUCCACUAUGGUAUCCCCGAAUCUUUAUCCCUUGCGACAUCAUGGCACUGGCACUCCAAGGUGCUGGUGGCGGGAUUUCCAGCACGGCCGGAGAUGAUGACCGGUCACAAGCUGACCUGGGCAAAAAUAUCAUGAUCGCCGGUCUGAUCAUCCAGGUCGUCACUUUGACUAUCUUCAUGGCUCUUGCUGCUGACUUUGCCUUUCGUACCCAAAGCCGCAUUCGUGCUUUGGGCAACGCCGCACUUGAUUCAAGCUAUUCUCAUCUUCGCGCGUCGUCACAGUUCAAGCUUUUCCUUUUGGCCCUAUCUGCGUCAACAGUUUGCAUAUAUGUGCGAAGUAUCUAUCGCAUUGCAGAGCUGUCUGAAGGAUGGGACGGGCCACUGCUAUCUAACGAAGGCCUCUUCAUCGGGAUGGAGAGCGUUUUUGUUGUGGUUUCUGUGUUGAUAUUGAAUGCAUUCCACCCUAGCAGGUGCUUCAAAGCUGGGUAUGAUGGCAAAACGGAGAAGGCUAUCGAUAGCCAGUGA